AUGGCUCUCAGAAUAGCGAUUGUAGGGGCUGGCCUUUCUGGACUGGCGUCGUUGAAACAAUGCCUCGAAGAAGGAUUCAACGCUACAAUCUUUGAGUCCCGUGAUGUCAUCGGUGGCCAAUGGUGCUAUGAAGAGCCAGACUCGGUCACCGGUGAAACAGCAUCGUCGAUAUAUGAAGGAGUCUUGCUGAAUUCCUGCCGUGAUACGUCGUCCUUCAGCGACUUUCCCAUGGACCCUGCGCGAUAUCCCGACUAUUUUGGCCAUCGAGGAUUUUUCCAGUACCUAGAGGAAUACGCUGACCAUUUCGGCCUCAAGGAGCAUAUCCGCCUCAAUACCAAAGUCAUCUCGUGUUCACAAAAUGAAGAUGGCAAAUGGGCGGUGAAGACGGUGCAACAAGGAGGAGAUCCGGUUGAAGAUUGCUAUGACGCGGUGUUCGCAUGCUCUGGUGCUCUCGCUAGGCCAGUGAUACCCCAGUUCGAGGGGCUGGAAACAUUCAAGGGAAAGAUUUUCCAUAGUCGCGUCUACCGGAGGCCAACAGGGCUGGAAGGGAAAAGAGUAGCUAUCAUCGGCUUUGGCAACUCUGCGGCAGAUUUGUCUUCUGAAAUAAGCUGGCAGGCGAAAGAACUCCAUCUCAUUACUCGCAGAGGUGGGUGGAUUGUGCCUCGCUUCGUUCUCGGCAAACCGGCUGAAACAUUCGACAACCACGGGCUUAUGGAAGCAAAUGUUACGAUGAGAAGUGACCUACUGGACAAUAUACGAACUGGGCGCAUCAUCCCGCAUCGCGCAGCCAUUCAAAGUGUCUCAGAAACGUCGUUGAUCUUAACGGAUGGGACUUCCAUUGACGUUGAUGUUGUCAUCUUUUGCACUGGGUAUCACCUGAGCGUUCCAUAUGUUCCCGAGGAGAGCUAUCGGAUGACAUAUAACGAAAUCCUCAGCACUAACAACUCAAUGGACCUUUACAAAUUAGUGGCUUCACCUCUUUUCUCAGACCUAUUUUUUAUUGGCUUUGUCGAGCUCGCUGGGCCUCUGAUCCCGGUAGCAGAGGUACAGGCGAGAUGGGCAACUUCAGUACUUGCCGGUCGAAUCAAAUUGCCUCCCAUGGAAGAGGUGUAUGACGAUAUAGCAGUUUAUCAGGCAUCACUAGUGUCAAGCAUGGUGAAUUCUGACCGGCACACUGUCACCAUCCGCUACCUGCCCUACUGCGACGAUCUCUUGAGAGACAUCGGCGCUACACCCACAUUUCGACGCCUAUUCCUCAAUUUGUUCAGCUCGAACCCUUUCAGAGCGGCAAGAUUGCUCAGAACAGUAUACUUUGGAAUUAAUUCUCCAGCCCAGUACAGGCUAUUUGGUCAUGGAAGCAAGCCAAAUCUUGCAUCUGCGACAUUAUUGAGACUAGCCGAUGAAGAUGAGGGACUGAGCGAAGAGGAACGAUAUCACCUGGGGAUGUCCGAUCUGGAAAGCCCCGAGCAGGUGGAAGAGAGUUCCUGA